AUGAACCACUGCUCCCAGGAGAAGGACAAGCUCCGGGCCGAGCCCAGCCCCGGCUCGCGGCCGCGCCGCCGCCGGGUGGAGCCGCUGCCAUCCCGCCUGGAGCUGGAGCGGAAGGAGCGGGCGGCCCCUCCCUCCGCGCGUUCCGCCCGCCGCCGCCACUGCUCCUCCCCGUGCCCUUGGUCUCUUGAGAAGCUGCCACGCUGGAGGAUUUCACCUGCCGCCUGUGGCCAUGGAUUCACACUGCUGUCCUCUAAAAAUUGCCCUCAGCCAUUAGCGGAAGUCACAAAGUCCACAGAACGCAGGCCUUCGAUGGACAGGUGGUCCGGAAGGACAUGUUUUUGUCUGAGGCUACGGAAUUCUUGGCAAAGGACCAAACCUAGUGGAAACUGCUCUUCCGGAAGUGAUUCCACCCACUCUCUUCAGCUUUAUGGAGUUCACCCAGAAGUCCAGGUUUCCCGCAUUUGCUGUGGACUCAGCCACUUUGCUCCCCAUACCAGGUGCAUCACCCAGCUACCCUCAGGCGCUCAUGCUGUGGCGACCAAGAAACCCAUCCUUUCUUCCACACAAACCUUGAUAUUUCACACGGAACAGCCCAGAUUGAGCUUGAGCUGGAGACAGUGCUUGGAGUCCCUCUCGUUGUGAUUUUCUUGGGGCCACACUGAGGGCAUGCUGAGCAGUCAAGUUUAAAAGGAAAAAUCCCGGGAGUGUGGUCACCUUCUUGAACCAGGAGUCCAUUGUCUUGCUAGGGAGGCAAACAGGUGGGAUGUAGCUGGUGU